CUGGAAGCUUUUUGGACCAGCGGCAAAAAAUAAAAAGUGCGGGAAUUGUUUGGAAUUAACUUGUUAGCUUUAAAGUGAUAACUAAAUACUCUCAAGUAAAUAUGGAAGACGAGGAAGAUAAUAUUUUUUCUGGGAGUGAUGAUGAAGAAGCUAUGACAGCAGGGGAAGUCCUUCAAAAAUUGGAAGAGGCAUGGAUGAAUGAAGCACUAAGUCCAGAAUUAUUGAUGAACAAGAGCGAUAUUAUUGACUGUAUGAUGGAGCAAAUUAAUGAGAUGGAGAAUAAUAUUCAACGGGUAAAAACAAAUGAUUUAAAAAUUUAUAUUCAUAAAAUGGAAUUGGAAAGAAUACGAUACCUUCUUACCAGCUACUUACGUAUCAGAAUUAAAAAGAUAGAAAAAUAUGCGACUGCUAUCAUGAUGGAAGAUGGGAAGAGAGAUCCAGAUGAUGCAAAAUUAACAGACUCUGAACUACAAUUUGCUAGAGAAAGAGAAAAGAAUUUAUUAGAACUUUUCCAGAAUCUUGUCCUCCAACAUAUGCCUCCUAACAUGCAAAGUUUAGAAAAAGACAAGAUCUGUUCCAAGCCAAAUUUGGACGAAUAUGUAUUUUUCAGAGUAAACCAAGAUGUAGAAGGUGUCCUCGUGGAAGAAGAAACCGUUGACAACAGAGAAGAAGUAAUCGACUUGAAAAAAGGAGAACAACAUAUAAUGAGAUACAAAAUCAUUAGACCUCUGGCGGAGACAGGAGCAGUGUCGUUAAUAUGA